UGUCUUCUUCCCGGAACCCGCUGGGCCAGAGCCCGGCGGUGGCCGGUGCGGCCCGAUCGCCCCCCCGGCAGCGGCGAGGACAUGGCGCGGACUCUCGGGACGUGGCUGGGCGGCUGCUUGCUAGUGACAGGGUUGGGAAUGGUGCCUCCUCCGGAAAACGUCAAAAUGAAUUCAGUUAAUCUCAAGAACGUUCUUCAGUGGGAGCCUCCUGCCUUCCCCAAAGGGAAUCUGACUUACACAGCUCAGUUCCAAAGUUAUAACAGCUUCCAAGAUAAAUGCAAGUGUACUACCUUGACGGAAUGUGAUUUCUCAAGUCUUUCCAAGUAUGGUGACCACACCUUGCGAGUCAGGACUGAAUUUGCAGAUGAGCAUUCAGACUGGGUAAACAUUACCUUUUGUCCUGUGGAUGACACCAUUAUCGGACCUCCUGGAAUACAAGUAGAAGCACUUGCUGAUUCUUUACAUAUGCGAUUCUUAGCCCCCAAAGUUGUGGAUGAACCUGAAACGUGGACCAUGAAGAAUUUUUAUACCUCGUGGGUUUAUAACGUACAGUAUUGGAAAAAUGGCACUGAUGAAAAGUUUCAAAUUACUGCUCCAUAUGAUUUUGAGGUCCUCCAAAAUCUGGAGCCGUGGACAACUUACUGUGUUCAAGUUCAAGGAUUUCUUCCUGAUAGGAACAAAACUGGGGAAUGGAGUCAGCCUGUCUGUGAGCAAACAACCAACGACGCAGAAACAACACCCUCCUGGAUUAUUACCAUCAUCCUCAUAGCCUCGGUUUUCACUGUCUUCCUCCUGCUCCUCGGCUGCUUUGCCUUGAUGUGGUACAUUUACAAGAAGGCAAAGUACACCUUCGCCCCUGGGAAUUCUCUUCCACAGCACCUGAAAGAGUUUUUGAGCUGCCCCCAUCAGAGUGCCCUGCUGUUUUUCUCCCCGCCGCCCCCUGAGGAGGAUGAAGUGUUUGACAAACUAAGCGUCAUUAUGGAAGACUUAGAAAGCAGCAAGCAGAGCCCUGGCGACAGGUGCAGCCUCAGGGCCUCAUCUCAGCAAGAACCCCUACAGCCAGUUUCUGAGCAGGAAAUGCAGGCCACCGGGCACAGUGACCUCCCACUUCUCACGGCUGCCUCUGAGGGGGACCAGAGCACCAAACAAGGGCCUCGGCCCCCUGAGCAAACCCCAGCUCUAGAACUCUCAGACACUGGACUCGUCUAAACAGCAAAAGAGCUGUAUUUUAAAGGCUUAUCUGGACAAAAUACUCUAUCCAGGGACUUGCUGCUUUAUAAAGAAUUUGUUAAUUAAAAAAAAAAAGUUGGCCACUGAGGGUCUAAUUUUCAGCCCUUUAUGUCCCACGUGGCCAAACAGUUAAGCGCUCAGCUGCUGCCUGAAAGGUUGACGGUUCAAGUCCACCCAGAGGCACCUUGGAAGAAAGGCCUGGCAAUCUACUUCCAAAAAUUCAGCCAUUGAUAACCCUAUGGAGCACAGUUCUACUGUGCAACACAUGGGGUCGCCAUGAGUUGGAAUUAACUCUACAGCAACGGGUCUGGUCUGCUCACUAAAAUACGGGCAAAGUCUAAAUUAUGAGAAGCAGAAAUAUUUAAAAUGAGGAAUAGAAACCGAGACACUGCAAAAUCCUUCCAGACUGCUAAUGGACUGAUCCGAGCAACAGCCUCAACUCAGAAGCGGUCAGCACAGUACUGUGAGGAACUCCAGCUGCUUUGAUUCUCACAGAUACUAUUCCCGAGUUUAUUUUUCUACUUGUGUAUGUUUUAUAUCUCUGCUAGUGCUCUAUUAAAUUUUGACUAUUUAACCUGAAUGUGUUCAUGACACUAGAUUUCAGUAAUUGUCAGAUAUUUCAUGAGGCUCUGUUUUCCAUCUGUGGUGUCCAUUCACUCAACAGGUGUUUCUUAGUACCUUCCUGCUGUCAGCCAGGCACUGUGUUAGCUACACAGUCCUCUGGGAGAUCCCAGGCUAAGCAACUCCCAAGAAUAGAAGGUCCCCGGGGCUUUGAAUUCCAACUCAGGCACGUACUAGCCUGUGACCUCCUGUUUUCCCCAUCUGUACAUGGAAAUGAUAAGACCUAAGGAUGAAUGACAUUACAUAAAAAGUGCCUGUCAUGGUGCCUGGCAAAGAGUAGUCAGUUGGUCAAUAACAACACAGUCUUCUGGGUGUGACUUUAACACCACAGACUGAGAUCAGCAAGAAAUAUCCCGUCCUCUGUGUCGGAUUGCCCAAGAAAGGCCCAUCAAAGCCUCCCAAUAUAGAAAGAACACUUUUUGAAAUAGUUUAGUUAUCAGGUGAAUACCCCAGGUUCUACUCAGCAUGACUUAUUACAGCCAAUAAACAAGAGGCUGAGGUGGGAGAUCGGAAAGAUGCCUGUACUUCCUUGCACAAGGAAAGGAGCAAUCAGGGCUCCCACCUGGAGACUGCUUGCAGGCAGCCUGGGGAGGUGGGAUUUUAUGGAGAGCAGACAAGGAAAUGCAAAUUCAUCGUGAAUAUUCAAGACUGACCUUCACACAGGCACUGGGGGAGGGGGGAGGGGGGCGGGAGCGGCUACUAUUGCAUUCUCUUUAGACAAGAGUUUCGAUUCUCCAGGAUGGAGGAAGGGGUGGAUUUUCCUUCCUUAGGAUGAGAUUUAAAUCUCCACCCAGAGGCGGGUUGAGGGUGUCUGUGGCCUAUUCUGUGGCUACCUUGUCAACGACAAUUUCAGAAGAAAAUGCAGCUUAUUCUGCUCAGUGUAGGAGGAUGACCCAGGGCAGGUGUCUCUUAGAAGGGCUGGGCUCUGAGGCUGCCUGCUUCAGUUUGACACUUUAAAAUGAAACAUCAUGGAGGAAAAUAAUCAGAACUUUGUUGACCUUACACUCAUUUUGUAGUUCAGUAUUUUAAAAUUAUUCUCAGUAGUGUACUGCAAAGGAGUGACCAGCAUAUUUUGGUUCUUAGCACAUCCAGAGAUCUGGGGUUAGUCGUAUGGCAAAAGAGAAAUCAGCUAAUUCUAUUGCCCAGUUAGGGAAACCCUGGGUGGUGUGAAUGGUUAAGCACUUGACUUCUAACCAAAAUGUUGGAGGUUUAAAUCCACCCUGGUGAUCUGCUUCUGAGAGAUCACAGCCUUGAAAACUCUGUGGAGUAUAGUUCUGUGCACACACAGGUCACCACCGUGGGUCAGAGUCAACCCAAUGGCAACCGGUUUGGAUUUUUUUGGUUAUUCUCCAGAUAAGCUUUCCCUUCCUGGAUGUGGAGUUGAUGGGAGGGCUGUCUUAAGUACUACGCUGCGUGGGUACAUUUGAUUUGAAAGAGAAGAAAGAGGUAUCUGGUGGCACAGUGGUUAAGCGCUUAGCUGCUAACCAAAAGUUUGGCAGUUGGAACCUAACGAGCUUCUCUGCAAGAGAAAGAUGUGGCGGUCUUCUUCCUUAUGGAUCACAGCCUUGGAAAGCCUGCGGGGUGGUUCUACUCUGUUCUGUAGGGUCGCUAUGAGUCAGGAUCCACUCGAUGGCAACAGGUUUGGGUUUUUGGUUUGUUUAAAUGAGAAAACUCUUCGACCCUGCGUGGUGCAAGCAGUUUGUGAUCUGCUGUUAACCUAAAGAUUGGAGGUUUGAACCCACUUGGCAGUUUCAUGGAAUAAAGGCCUGAUGAUCUGCUUCCGUAAAGAUUACAGCCAAGAAAACUCUACGGAGCAGUUCUACUCUGUCUCGUGAGUAGACUUGAGUCAGAAUCAGCUCAAGGGCAAUGGGUUUGGUUUUUUGUUUUUAAUGAGGAAGCCGUGCAGCCUUUGGGUUUCCAGGUCUCAGGCGUUUGCAAUAUUGAAGCAAGGGUUUGGUUGGGGCCUGUGGGUUUCAUGAGUAGAGAGGAACCCUAGCCAUUUCACUCACAGCAACCCGGGAAGGAGCAAGUCCUGCAGGGCAAAAGGUGUGUGGUUCCCUCGUGCAGCAAGGCCCAGGCAGUGGGCCCAGACUUCAAGGCCCCAGUGGGCUUAGACAGGAGGGUUUCAUCGGCCACCAUGCUGGGCUGAAGACUGGAGGGCUGUCUGCUUACUUUAAGGUAUCAGAGUAGCCUUGGAAGACUUCAGGCCCCAGGAAAUAGGAGGGCAGUGGUGGUUCAGUGGUAGAAUUCUCACCUUCCACACAGGAGUCAGGGGUUCAAUUCCCAGCCAAUGCACUCCAUGUGCAGCCCCCGCCCGUCUGUCACUGAAGGCCUGUGUGUUGCUGUGAUGCAGAACAGAUUUCAGACUAGACAGACUAGGAAGAAAGGCCUGGUGAUUUACUCUUAAAAAUCAGUGAAAACCCUCUGGAUCACAAUGGUCCAGUCUACAACUGAUCACAGGGAUGGUGCAGGACCAGGCAGCAUUUCGUUCCAUCGUGCCUGGGGGUCUCCAUGAGUCUGGGAGCUAACAACACCAGGGAGGAGGGCCAUCAGCCCACUCUCAAAAUAAAAGACUGGAUUUUCUGCCGUGACAACAGAAUGGGACCCAGAGUCUAAAUUCAUUUGGUUUAAAGAAAAUAAUGUGUCAACAUGCAUAGGCCAUGAUUCUCAGUGGUUUGGCAGAUACUAUGUAAUCAUCCUCUAUUUUGUGAUCUGAUGUGAGCAGCCAAUCAGUUGAAAUGGACCUUUCCUUGGGGGUGUGCCCUGCCUCCAAUAUAUAGGGAUGUUUUGGCAAAGCUCACUCUGUCUGGAUCCUGCACCUGACUUGUCGUUCUCUGACUUCCAGUUCUUGGACAUGAGCCAGCAGCCUGCCACCAGACAUGCAGAUUUGGGGAUUCACCAGCUCCCACAGCCCCAUGAGCCAGCAGCUGACUCUCUGACCUGCUCAUUUUGGAUCCAUCAGCCCCUGCAACCACAUGAGAAAGGAGAAGCCUCCAGCCUGAAACCUGACCCAUGGAUUUGGGACUUGCCAGCCUCCACAGCUGCGUGAGUCUGUAUGCGAGGAAACCCUGGUGGCAUAGUGGUUAAGUGCUAUGGCUGCUAACCAAAAGGUCCGCAGUUUGAAUCCACCAGGUGCUCCUUGGAAACUCUCUGGGGCAGUUCUACUCUGUCCUAUAGGGUCGCUAUGACUCGAAAGCAGUGGGUUGGUUAUAUAUAUAUAUACACACAUAUAUAUACACUUCACUGGGUUUGCUCCUAGGGAACCCAGCCUCACACUUGGAGGCGAAACUCAUAACCACGGCAAGCAACUAUUAAGCAAUGACAGCUGCCGUUUCUUAAGGGCUGUUAGGUCCCAGGCAGUGUGCCAGGGACUUUUUAUGUAUCAUCUUCAAUCCUCAUGAUAAAUCAAAAGCUAGUUGCUCUCAACGCUGACUCAUGUCUACCCCACAUGUGUUAGAGUAGAACAAUGCUCCACGUGGUUUUCAAUUGGCUGAAUUCAUGGAAGCAGACCUCCAGGCCUUUCUUCCAAGGUGUCUCUGGGUGGGUUUGAACCACCAACUUUUCGAUUAGCAGCGGAACACUUAACGCUUUGCGACAUCCAGGGACUCCAUAUCCUCAUAAUAGUCCCUCAAAUGAUGCGUUCUCACCCCAUCUUACAGAUGAAGAAACGGAGGCUUAUAAAAGCACCUGCCAGUAGUCACACUGUAAUAAAUGGUGCUGUGCUUUGGGGAGCUGGCUCGCCUUCAUGUUUUCAGUCCACACUGUGGCUGGUUUAUUUUCAUGUCUGUCCUCCCAGCCAGACCAGGAGGUACCCAGGACAGAACGGAAAUUUGAUUCAUCUUUGUGUCCCCAGCAUCUACUGUCGCACCUGGGUAGGUAGGACUAAGAAAUACCUGCUGAAUUAACGGAUAAUAAAAAAUGGUAAACUGAAGCCUUCUUGAAUAUGUGACAACUGCACAAAUCUAGAGUCGUUAACAUAUGCAGAUUAAACAGAGAGAUGUAAAUUAACAAAAUAUAUGGACGAAAAAACAAACCCAGUAAAAAUAUUGCAGUUUAAAAAAAAGGGCGGGAGGAUGAUAUUCUGCAUAGGUUAUCUGGCUAUUUUUAAGUUGAAUUGAAGUUUUUUAAAGCAGGAUAUCAAAAGACACUCAGAAUUUUAUAGCAACUCAGUUCUUAUCCCCACUUUUAAUAUUUUUAUUUCUUAUUACUAAAAUGUGGCCCUUAUUUUAAUGUGGCCCUUGUUUAAUGGAGAACAGAUUUUAAAUUAUACCCUCAGUGGCAAACUUUGUUUUAACAUUAAAAACUAUCUUUGAGCACAGGACCAAUGAUGGAACAUUUUUGCCAAAUGGACUCUUAAAAUUUAGCUCUCUGGCUGUUUAGACAAGUCCAGUGUUGGAGAGUUCUAGAGCCUGCUUUUGGACAGAUGUUCUC